AGGAAGAAAAGCAGUAAGGAAAGGCAGACCAUGUGAUCUAUAUAUUAAUGAUCUAUAGAGCAUGUGAUCCACAGCUGCAGGCCGGGAGACAGAGGGAGGCAGAAAAGGAUGGUGUAAGGAAGCUUGAUUAAAACACGCAAUUCAAGGCAAACCUGCACUGGGUGGCCAAAUUUUGUUUAAACAAGGUUAAUUCCAAUGGGAUCCUCUUUUACAUGGGGCUAAGAUGAUUGCCUCAGCUGCCUUGCCCUUGAGCCGGCCCUGCUGACUUAUGGAUAUUUGGAAACCUGUGCCACCCACACCAUUGCAGCUGCAUUUUCCAGACCUCUAGGACUGCUUCUUCGGUCCACAGAUCUGUCUUGCAUAUUACAGCUCUGGGAUAUAUGCGAAGCUAUGUUAUUGUUAAUUCCAUUCAGUCUACAUGGACAGCGGCUAUCUGGCUACUUGGCUGUAUUUAUUGGUCAUCUAGGUCUCCAAUAAAUCAUCUCAUUCCUAAACUUCUUAUUGGCUACAUUUUGAUGUAUCACCAGAUUCCCAUCAUUUGAAAUUUCCAGAUUGCUUAUGUUUGUUCUGAACUGAUUAUUAUCUGCUAGACCCCAUCAAAACAAAAUAAAAGUGCUGAGUAGACUUUAAAGGAGGAAGCGUUUGUUGGAUAACCAUAAAUCGUUGUGAUGGCAGUGAAUUCACUCUGGAUAUCAUCCACACUGGUACUACUGUUUCCAGGGAGCUGUUGGUCAAAACCCAAAGGUUCAGCACAUAUGAACUCUGUAAGGAUAGAUGGAGAUCUAAUCUUAGGAGGUCUUUUUCCUGUACAUGGAAGGGGAAGUGAUGGCAGAGCCUGUGGAGAACUUAAGAAGGAAAAAGGAAUCCACCGUUUGGAAGCAAUGCUCUUUGCUCUUGAUCGCAUAAAUUCUGAUCCGGAGCUUCUCCCCAAUAUUACAUUAGGGGCCAGAAUUUUGGACACCUGUUCUCGGGACACGCAUGCACUGGAACAGUCACUGAGUUUUGUACAACCACUUAUAGACAAAGACAGAGCAGAGGUGCGGUGCCUUAGUGGAGGGAAUCCUAUAAUUGCCCAGCCAGAACGGGUAAUUGGUGUGAUUGGGGCGUCGUCAAGCUCUGUUUCCAUAAUGGUGGCCAAUAUUUUGCGUCUUUUCAAGAUCCCUCAAGUGAGUUAUGCCUCUACUGCUCCAGAACUAAGUGACAACAGCCGGUAUGAUUUCUUUUCUCGUGUGGUUCCAUCUGAUACUUACCAGGCUCAGGCCAUGGUGGAUAUUGCUAAGGCUUUGAAGUGGAGUUAUGUGUCUACAUUGGCUUCUGAAGGCAGUUAUGGAGAAAGUGGAGUGGAAGCAUUUAUUCAGAAGUCAAGGGAGGAUGGCAGCUUGUGUGUGGCACAGUCAGUCAAGAUACCAAGAGAAGCCAAACCUGGAGAUUUUGAUAAGAUCAUUCGCCGCCUUCUAGAAACAUCCAAUGCUCGUGCUGUGAUUAUCUUCGCUAGUGAGGAUGAUAUAAGGCGUGUGCUUGCAGCAGCAAAAAAAGCCAACCAGACUGGACAUUUCAUGUGGAUUGGAUCUGACAGUUGGGGCUCUAAAAUCUCCCCAGUGCAUCAACAGGAGGAAGUAGCAGAGGGAGCAGUCACCAUCCUGCCUAAGAGGGCAACAGUUAAAGGUUUUGAUCGUUAUUUUACUAGUCGGACAUUAGAUAACAACAGGAGAAACGUGUGGUUUGCUGAAUUUUGGGAAGACAAUUUUCACUGCAGACUGAGUCGAAAUUCAUUGCGCAGGGGGGGACAUGGGAAAAAGUGCACUAAUCAAGAACGGAUCGGUGUGGGGUCUGCAUAUGAACAGGAGGGGAAGGUUCAGUUUGUGAUUGAUGCGGUGUACUCCAUGGCCUACGCACUCCAUACAAUGCACAAAACUGUUUGUCCUGGCAGUGUUGGACUUUGCAGUCGCAUGGACCCAGUCGAUGGAGUUGAACUUCUAAAAUAUAUCCGUAGUGUCAACUUCACUGGCAUUGCGGGGACACCAGUGACAUUCAAUGAAAAUGGAGAUGCUCCAGGACGCUAUGAGAUCUAUCAGUAUCAGAUCAACAAUGGCAGCACAGAAUACAGAAUCAUUGGACAAUGGGCAGAUCAUUUGCACCUAAAGAUUGAUCAUAUGCACUGGCCAGACUUGUCCUCAUCCUCUAGUUCUUCAUCAAGCCAAUUGCCUAAAGUCCCACCCUCUGUCUGCAGCCAACCCUGUCGCCCUGGAGAGCGCAAGAAGGUUGUGAAAGGUAUCCCCUGCUGUUGGCAUUGUGAAAGAUGUGAUGGUUACCAGUACCAGCUUGAUACCUACACCUGCAAACGUUGCCCCCUCCACAUGCGACCUAAUGUCAACCACACUUCCUGCAUACCAAUUCCUAUUAUCAAGCUAGAAUGGAGUUCACCCUGGGCUGUGGUGCCUCUGCUGCUUGCCGUACUAGGAAUAAUUGCCACACUGGUUGUAGUAGGCACCUUUAUGCGAUACAAUGACACCCCUAUUGUUAAAGCCUCAGGCCGUGAGCUUAGUUAUGUCCUUCUGUCUGGUAUUUUUUUGUGUUAUGUAAACACAUUUAUAAUGGUGGCACAACCAGGUUAUGGAACUUGCUCCCUAAGAAGGGUAUUUUUGGGCUUGGGGAUGAGUAUCAGUUAUGCUGCUUUGCUAACUAAGACAAACCGCAUAUACCGUAUAUUUGAACAGGGAAAAAGGUCUGUUAGCGCGCCUCGAUACAUAAGCCCAUCCUCUCAGCUGGUGAUCACUGCGAGUCUCUCAUCAAUUCAACUUCUUGGAGUUCUUGUGUGGUUUUUGGUUGAUCCUUCUCGGCCCAUUGUUGACUAUGAGAAUCAGCGCACUCCUGAUCCCCAGUUAACGCGAGGAGUUCUGAAAUGUGACAUCUCAGAUCUGUCCCUUAUCUGUCUGCUGGGUUACAGCAUGCUUCUGAUGGUCACUUGUACUGUUUAUGCCAUCAAAACCCGUGGGGUCCCAGAGACAUUUAACGAGGCAAAGCCUAUUGGAUUUACCAUGUACACAACCUGCAUAAUAUGGCUGGCCUUCAUUCCAAUAUUUUUUGGCACUGCACAGUCUGCUGAAAAGAUGCAUAUACAGACCACAACAUUGACUAUUUCAGUGAGUCUGAGCGCCUCAGUGUCCCUGGGAAUGCUAUAUAUGCCCAAGGUGUAUGUCAUCCUUUUUCAUCCAGAACAAAAUGUCCCUAAACGCAAACGAAGUCUGAAAUCUGUUGUCACUGCGGCCACCAUGAGCAACAAGUUUACCCAGAAAGGAAGCUAUAGACCUAAUGGGGAAGCCAAGACUGAAUUAUGUGACAACAUGGAGGUACAAGCCCUGGCUGCAAAACCUACUUAUGUGAGCUAUAGUAACCAUGCCAUAUAACUGACAGAGGAAAAAUCAUUUUCUCAGUGGGAGAGCUAUAAUGAUUGGGCCAAUCCCUACUGAAACCAGGACAAGUUAGGAUGGCUAGUAAUCUUGUGAGACGUAACAGCAGACAAAAAACGGAAUACAGUAAUGGCUUUUAUUUAAAAGCCUAACACCCUAGCAGAAUAUUGACUUCUGUUAGGCAGUAUCUGAGAAUAAGAAGACACAACAAUUUAUUUCCUUUGUAAAAAAAAUAUUCUUAGUCAAAUUAUCAGCUUUUCCAUUUUUACCCUAUGCAUUUUUUACAGAAAGACGUCUUUUCUUUUUUUUUUUUUUACAGAUACACUCAUGUUUCUGAUUUGAUUUGAGCGGUAUGGCAAUGGAUUUCAAAGAAACAAUAGUUUUUUUUCCAAAACAUUUUAGUGUGGUAAAACAUCCUGCUUUUCCUAAUAAUGGAAUUAAUAUUUUUGUCUUGUCUUUUUCAAUAAUUACACAUUUUCUUGCUUGCAACUUCUUUUUUAAACAUUAUUUUAAUCUAAAGAAUGUUACAAAUGUAAAUUUUACAGAUGAAAUUUAUAAACUCUAAAAUGAAUAAAGUAGUCACUUCACUUUUAGAUUUUUACUAUAUUAUGUUAUCUAUGCCAGUAUAAAUUCCCUAAUCUAUGUCAGUAUAAAUUCCUUAAUCUCUUUUCUCACACUGUAUAUUUGUUCAAUAUCUGAUUCUAUUGUUUGCUUGCUUUCUUUACUAUUUGUCUAUUGCUUGCCUAUUACAUGUCAAUGCUCUAAUUUUGCCUUUUAUUAUAUACUGUAUUGAUACUGAAAUCUUACUCCCUAUUACAAAUAAAUACAAAGGGGAAGUAAAUCAUAAUAUAAAAAUUUGCAUACUGAUAUUAACUUUAAUUCUAAACAUCUUCCCAGAAUACACUAAUUACACUACUAAUAAUAUAAUACUUAAAAUUUUUAUUGCUAUUGAUAGCAUUAUCUUUCUGUUCUUUGCUAUUCACUUCUAAGCUAUGGUGGCAAUUUCUUUUUUAAAGGAACAGUAACACCAAAAAAAUGAAAGCCUAUUUAAGGAAAGACAAUAUAAUGUAAUGUCUCCCUGCACUGGCACACUGAAAAAACAACUUUAGUUUAUAUAAAGAAGCUGCUGUGUAGACAUGGGGGAGGCCAUUCAAGCACAGGACACUGUGCUAGAUAAAAGUAGAUAAAAGAUCUUAUGAAGAAUCCCAUUGUAUGCUACAACACUUAUCUGUUAUCUGCUGUGUAUGCUGUGUCUUUUAUACCUAUAAGUAUAUAAACUAGUGUUUGUUUCUGAAGCAAACACACACAUUUUUACCAGUACAACAGUACAUUAUAUUUUAAGUACUUUAUGACACUUUCAUUUUUUGGUGUUACUAGUCCUUUAAGCAGUGGGAAUGCAAAGAAAGCUUUUAUCCGGAGACAAUUGUUAUUGUAAGCAGAAUCUGUCUGUCCUUUGCUAUUCACCAAGCUGCUUGUGACUUCCUGUGCUACUGAAACAUGUACUUCUGAAACAGUAAAGCAGCAACCAGCUCUUGUGGUGGCUCAUACACUAUUUCAGUGUAAUCUGGACCAGCAGUGCAGAGAAAAGCAAAACGUUUUUACUUAACAGAUAGAAAUGCUUAAUUUCAUUUUGUAUCAGUAUUAAAGCAUUAUAAAUCAACAUAGUAUACAGUUACAUCAUAAUGGAAAAUACUUAAUUUUAAGGAGGCACUACAGUAUGUUUGAAGCAAUGGGAAUGCAAAGGAAGCUUCUGUUAGGAGACAAAAUUAUAUUUUGAUGAUCAUUUUGGCUUGAUAUCUGACUAUAUCAAAGUCUGCAUCCAUCCCUGUUGUCACUUUUUAAAUAUAAUUAUUCAGAAGGGAAGUGUAUCUUAUUCUGGAUCCUCCUUUUAAAAGUCUAUACUGUGCCUGUGUUUAUGCAAAUUGUGUGCAUGUCAAUCACAGGGUGUCUUGAGAAAUUAUUUUCUACUUGACUGUUUAUAAUAAAAAAAAAUCCAAAAUUAA